CUGCGUUUGAUUGAGUGUGCCUGGCUUCACAAUAAAACACAAUAACAACACGGUGUAAAGAUGGCAGCGAUGGCACCAGCGUUACGAGUGUGCAGAGGAAUACUAAAAGAACUGCGUGCCAGCAUAGGACCGACCUAUAAUAAGUCUCUGGCUUACAACUAUGUCAUGGACCAGUUCCGUAAGAAUAAGAUAACAGGUGAAAGGUACUGCCGGGCCCAGCAGGAGGCGCACCACGACUCCAACACCUACCUGUGUCUGCUCGGCUCCACCAGGACUCACCUGGCUCUGCACAAAAUGUACCACGGGAAGGGCGAAUGCAGCCAGGAGUCAGCAGCUGCCAUGGUGGGGCUCAGGCUGCCCACACAGCCGGGGGGGAAAGGCUGGGAGAAGUGAGGACAGCGGGAGAAAAUCCUUGAGAUCUCAGCUUUGGUCGUUUGCAAAUCACCACAUGAAAAGUAAUCUGUAAAGGGAUAACUGUUUGGAUGGCAGACUGUGCCAUCAUGGACUGCUUUGAGGCCAUUUCACUUAUUCCUGUUGUAUUGUUCUACCAAUUUGAGUAACAUUUGAGUAUUUGAAGCAACUGUGAAAUAUGCUAUGAUUAAAAAAUCUGUUUAGUUUUA